GCUUGUGCUAAGCUUCACAGUAAUGAAAUAUUCUGAUGCGAUUUCUUUGCACUUAGUCGCGGAUUUCUUCUUAAAAUGCUGGAGACUCGAUUUUAACCACAAGCGCACAAAUAUUAGCUAACAAUGGAGAUUAAUGUCUGUGUUUGCUGCUAGCGAUUCAGCCAGUUUUGCUCCUGUGCUGCCAGGGCUGGCUGAGAUGGACCACCGUGAAAACCUCAUAUGGUACCGAAAGGUUAAUGGGCUUUACGGUGCUGAUGCUUCUGAGAAGAUGGCUAAUGCUGAUGUGAUGGGCUGCAAAUGAUCUUAGAAAGAUAAAGCAGAUGCAUCCACAUUAAGGUUGUCUUCAGCUCUCAUUCCUGUGCUGUGACACUAAUGGGGACCUAAGAUCCACAACUGGGUUUCUUGCUUGAAACUUAAAUUCUUCCCCUGAGAGAACUGGAAAGUAAACAUCAGCUGCCAUGCGCAUCAGUCUCUGCCAGGGCCUGUUAACCGGCGCCAUCGUCCUCAACCUCCUCAUUCUCUACUAUGUGUCCCGGGCCCAGCAGCAAAUGAUGGAGAAGAGGAAGGAGCUCGGCAGGGGAACGAGGAGGUCUGCCCUUCCGGCCUCAGGUCUUGGGGGAGGCCUGGGUGCACUUGUAGGAGCUGGAGGUGAGCCUGGAGUGGUCGGAGUUGAGGGACACGGUCGUGGCCCGCGUGUGACUGUUCUUCUUCGCGAGUUUGAAAACUUUGAGAAUUAUGUUGGGGAUGUGGCUAAUUCCUUCAUCCACCAGAGACCCGAGCUUCCCUUCCUGGCUGUGGCCGACACUCCUCCGUACCCUCCCCUGGUGCUUCCAGAGGGGGCACGACUUCUGGUGCUCUCCCCCUCCCCGGACCAGCCGCCGCAAGCUCACAGGCCCGAGUUCCACGUCCAGACAGAGUUUGUGCUGCUGGUGCCUGACGGGGUGGAGCUGGAGCAACCUCGGGCCAUCGAGAGGCUGAUCAGGGAGUUGGAAGGUGAGGGCGGGGGCCCCGUGAGGCUGGUAGCUGCACCCGUGCUGGCUCGAUCUGCUGUGCAGUGUCUCCACCUGCGGGUGAACCUCAGAGAGUGGACAGCCACCUACUCGCCAGCAGUGUCUGGUAGCAGCGGGAGUGUGUGCACGGCUUUACAAGGAGAUGCAGUUGUCCUCAUCCGCACUGAGGAUCUUUUUAACCUGUCCGUCCCUCUGGGGCGUCCCCUCUUCUCCUCGCUCUUCGUCCAGACUGCCUUGAGAGGCUGGAAGGUCAAACUGCUGGAGAGCCCCUGUUUCUCCGCAAACCACCGGCCCCUGUUCAGCUCCGCUCACAACCAGUGGAAGGCCGACACUCGACUGAAGGACGCCAGCGGGAAGCUCAUGAGGAGCUUUGGUCUGAAGCGUCUCCUGCUGCCUGACGGGAAGGAACAGUGGUUCGGCUGCAGUAAAGAGACGCCUCGCUGCUUCGGCACCGUGCAGGAUGACACUCCGGAUUACCUUUAUCUGGAUCGCUGGACACCUCCCUGCUGUCUGCGAGCUCUCAGGGAAACCACCAAGUACGUCAUCAAUAUCCUGGAGACCUCAGGUGUGCGCUACUGGCUAGAGGGGGGGACCCUGCUGGGCGCCAUCCGCCAUCAGGACAUCAUCCCAUGGGAUUAUGACGUGGACCUGGGCAUCUACCUGGAGGAUGUACCCAACUGUGAUCACUUGAAGAACCUGGACUCAGGCUCUCUCGUGGACGCUAACGGCUACGUCUGGGAGCGUGCAGUGGAAGGAGACUUCUACAGAGUCCAGUACAGCGAGGCCAACCACCUGCACGUUGACCUGUGGCCGUUCUAUCCACGUAACGGCGUCAUGACCAAAGACACGUGGACAGAGCACAAACAAGACGUGGAGUUCCCCGAGCACUUCCUGCAGCCGCUGGUGCCCAUGUCCUUUGCAGGCAUCACUGCCUACGGUCCCAACAACCACCGAGCCUUCCUGGAGCUCAAGUUUGGAGAGGGGGUUAUCGAAAACCCCCAGUAUCCCAACCCCACAAAAAAGAGGCUGGACAGAAGCAAGCUGUGAGAGGUGGUAGCGACUCACAGGCCCUCUAAUGUCGGACUGUGUUUGUUUACCGAACAGCAGAGAAAAUCUUGCCUCAGCUAAAACAGCCUCAAAGGUGAUGUCUGGAAACAAAUAUGGUGCCAAAAUGACUGAAUUCUACCAAAACUGAAAUUUCCUAUAUGGUGUACCGAAUCUGUGUGUGAUGUACAGUAAAGUAUAAAUAUUACUGCUGUAAAGAUGAUAAACACUUGACAUUAAAUGACAUUGAUAUUGGUUUCUUGUUAAAAGCUGCAGUUGAUAAGCAUGAUAAGCAGGAUUUAUGGUUUUUGUACAGAAUUAUUUAAAAAUAAGCCCUAACAGGUGUUUUAUGAGUAUACUGACUCGACUGUGUUACAAUGAUUUGCACUGAUCCGCUGACUAUGUUGAAGCCAUUACGGCUGUAGUGUGGUGAGUGAAUUUCUGCUUGGUGAAAUGAGAAACACGGCGUCAUUCAUCCCGUUGUUGUUGGCGUACGUCAGGCCGGAGUGUUCACGCAAAACAGAAAACUCUGAAUCUGUAAAUGAAUAUUAACUCGUAGCGCGAACAGGUUUGUUGCUGCUGAGCAGCCAUUAUGUAUUAAUUGAAAUUGAAUUUCAAUUCAGUCGAUUAUUUAAAGGAAACGUUUUAAAAGAGAAGCUGAGCAUUAAAAAACCACCCAGCAUCUCUGGGUACGAGGAGAUUCCUCUUGUGUUACUUGUGUGUGAUGUGUCAGCGUGUCCCUCCAUUUCAUGACCUGCUAAA